AUGUGGGGCCGUCAGGUGCUGCGCCUGUUCUCGGGCUCUCGCUGCCCAUCGAAGAAAGCUUCCAAGCACCAACCUCCACAGCAGCUGAGCCUCAGGCGGAUUCUCCCGGGUUCAGCCCAUCAGCAUCACACAGCCCCAGAGUCGCUGAAUUGUGCCUGGCAGCUGCACAGCGAUCAUUUAGAGCUGAAGCUCGGGGACACCCUCAUGCGCUUUGACUACGUCUGGCUGCGUGACCACUGCCGCUCUGCAUCCUGCUACAACACCAAGACCAACCAGCGCAGCCUGGACACGGCUGGCGUGGAUUUGUGUAUCAGGCCCAAGACCAUCCGGGUGGAUGACACCACGCUCUUUCUCACCUGGCCAGAUGGCCACGUGACCAGGUAUGGGCUGGAAUGGCUGCUGGGGAACAGCUACGAGGGGCAGAAGCAGCAGGUCAUGCACCCCCGCAUCCUCUGGAAUGCACAAAUCUACCAGGAUGCCCAGGUGCCCUCCGUGGACUGCCAGAGUUUCCUGGAAACCAAUGAGGGCCUGAAGGAAUUCCUGCAGAACUUCCUCCUCUACGGGAUUGCCUUUGUGGAAAACGUGCCCCCGACCAAAGAAGACACGGAGAUCUUAGCGGAGAGGAUCAGCUUGAUCAGGGAGACAAUCUACGGCAGGAUGUGGCAUCUUACCUCUGACUUCUCCCGAGGAGACACAGCCUACACCAAGCUGGCUCUGGAUCGCCACACAGACACCACUUACUUCCAGGAGCCCUGCGGCAUCCAGGUUUUCCACUGUCUCCGGCAUGAAGGGACAGGUGGUCGGACGCUGCUGGUGGAUGGCUUCUACGCAGCAGAGCAAGUGCUGCAGCAAGCACCGGAAGACUUCGAACUCCUCAGCAAGGUGCCGCUGAAACAUGAGUACAUUGAGAACGUCGGAGGCAGCCACAACCACAUGAUCGGGGUUGGGCCUGUCUUGAAUGUUUACCCUUGGAACAACGAGCUCUACCUGAUCAGGUACAACAACUAUGACCGAGCCGUGAUAAACACCGUGCCUUACGACACCGUGCAUCGCUGGUACGCCGCACACCGCACUCUCACCACCGAACUGAGGAGGCCGGAGAAUGAGUUUUGGGUCAAGUUGAAACCUGGCAAGGCCCUGUUUGUGGACAACUGGCGCGUGCUGCAUGGCCGGGAGUCCUUCACUGGCUACCGCCAGCUCUGCGGCUGCUACCUGACGAGAGACGACGUGCUGAACACGGCCCGUUUCCUGGGGCUGAAGGCCUGAUGUGGUCUGUGGUUUACAUAACU